UAGUGAUUUGGAAGCAUACGUACUCCUUCUUUGGUCCCUGGCCAAGAAUGAUCAUCCUCUGAAGAUGUUUUCAUGUGGCAAUUUUGAAACUUUACUGAUCAAGGAUGAAAAAUCUAAAGUUCAGGACCUGAAAAAAGACUUGGUUAACUUCCACAAAGAGAACUAUGUCGGUUCGGCGAUGACGUUUUGUAUACAAGGAUAUGACACACUUCUAAACAUGGAAGAGCUCGUAGUAAAACAUUUGGAUGUGGUCCCAGUGGGUGAUAAAUGCUUACGAAAGGAGAUGGCGAUCCCCUCAAAUCAUAGAGAUCCAUAUAAUACUUCAGAAUUCAAAAAAAUGUACAUCAUGGAGGGGAACACACUUCAGAUGCUAAUUGCCUGGGCCCUUCCUCCAGAAGUUGGUCAGGAUUUUAAGAAUAAUCCAUUUGAGUUCUGGGGUUCUCUUCUUGAAGACGAGGGGACGCAUGGUUUGCCUUAUCUUCUCCGCCAACGGGGGUUGAUUACAGACUUUAGUGCGUCAAUUCCUGAUAUCGACUAUUGGAGGAAUGAAUAUUGCACAAUGUUUGAAGUCCGUUUAGUUCUCCGCAAGAAUGUCGUGCUCAAUUGCGAUGGUCAUAAGAAGGAAGGCAACCUUUUCAUAAACCUCGAAAACAUUAUGGAAACAGUUUAUGAAUAUUUAGGGAAGCUAAGGCAAACAUCUCUAAAACAACGAAAAGCGGCUUGGGAGGAAUUUUCGAAAACUAAAAACGAGUAUUUCGACUACUCCAUUCCAGUGGAAGGUGUAAACUAUACGACAAAAUGUGCCGUUGCCUUACAAACUCUGCCUGAUGAGGCAAUCCUGACGUCAGAAAGGGUUGUCACAGAGUACAACGACCAAGUCAUGCGUGGUUAUCUGGAGCAACUUACUCCUUCCAACAUGAAUGUGAUAACCAUCCUUCCGAGAGAAGUGGUCAAUACGUAUGCGGCAGAACUGAAAAAAUGUGACGCUGCAGUUGAGCCCUACACAAAGAGGAAGUUUUGGUCGAAACUUAUCGAGGUCGAGCGUCUCAACAAAUUGUUGAAGAAUAAGGCAACCACGCCAUUAUUGAUUCCGACAAAUAAUCCGAUCUCUUCCGAGUCUCAAACUCAAUUUGCGUGUGUCCAUAAAAUUCCUCCAAAAUUGAUUGCUUUAAAUGCAAAGUGUCAAGUCACACACGUGGGGAACUUUGGAGACGACUGGUUCAUUGGGAACGUCAAUAUACACACAUUUUCAUCUGCCAGUGUUUUUCGAUUGAACCACACAAAUUUAUGUAAACUCUACUUGCUGCAAUCCUAUUUGCAACAAGUUGUUCUUCCUGACGCGAGUGAAAUUGGCAGAGCUGGACUACAAGUGUCGAUUGAUCUUGUUUAUGACUCACUUCGUAUUCAACUUUCUGGGUUUCCAAACAACCUACCGCUGGCCCUGAAGAAAAUCAUGCUGCACAUAUUUCCUAAUGAGGAAUCCAUUUCUCAAGUUGCGUUCGAUGCUGCCAAAGAGAGUUUGCUAUAUGGCGUGUCACAUUCGUUGGGACAAGGAGCCUUCUUGAUUAACAAUCUCCUUGACGAGGCAGUGACGUGUGAUUCGCCUUCUUUUCGAAACGCUAUAAACACAAUUUGCAAUGUUGACUUCCAAACUUUUGUUACUUUUACAAGGACGUUCGCAAAUUCUACAUUUGUGUGGGCGAGUUUGGAAGGCAACAUGUCUGCCAAGAAUUGUGAAGAUAUUGCUAUUAUUCUUAGCACUCUCAAUUACUACCCUGUAAUUUCUGGUUGGAAAAAUUCCACCUUGCUGGUGAAACCGGAAAGGUUUGCGCUUCCCUUGGAGAAAAGGUGCAUUCGCGUCAAAAGUGAAUUUAGGAAAGAAAAGAAUUCGGUUGUUAGAAAUUGCUAUCAAUUUGCAACCAAUCUCCACCAAACACAUGCUUCUGUCAUCGUGAAUUUUUUAGGGAUGUGCAUGCGAGCCCCAUACUUUCAAAUCUUAAGAACCGAGGAACAAGUUGGGUAUAAACUGCACAUUCUUCAUUUCCAAAACUACUUACCUUAUCCUUGUAUUUUUGCGGACGCCGUAUUUCCUGCUCACAAAACAACCCUUUGUGAAGUGGACGCCAAGAUAGACAACUUUUUUGUCAAAUUUUGGGAAAGGAAUCUGAAAAACAUGAAUGAUGCAGAAUUCAGAGAACUGAAACACUUGUGGGGUAUACCUGAUGACCUGAAUUUACAAGAUGUAAAAACAUUUUAUGAACAUGCCUUUAUUCAAAACGGACCAACUGGAAAAGGGAUAAAAGUUCACGUCAGUAAAAUUUCAGUUCAGGUGUUAGGAAUGGAUAGAGAAAAUUGUGAAGGAUUUAUUAAGUGCAAAGAAAGUAAUUGGGCUAAACCCAUGAAGGAAAAAGACCAGCCGAUUUCCUUCUGCACGGACGCGGACGAUCUUUGUGAAGGGGUGCAUUAUUUUGUUCGAGAUAUUCAGUGGUUCCGGGAUGGGAAAUUUCAAUGAUCAUAACUUAUUUGCAUAAUCUCAAUGCUGGGUGUACUAUUUGCUUAGUAAUAUACUAAAUUCAUGUAGCUGAUAAAACCAAACUGCCGCAGUAUUUUUGUACGCACACAAAAUUAUGAAAACGAAUAAAAUGAUUUUAAAACAUGUUUUAAAAUAAUACUACAAAUUGUGGGUAUUGCAAGUAUUAUUGUUGUAAUGGUGUAUAGAUAUGUAUGUAUAUACGAAGACAAGAUUCCAUUGGGGUGCAAUUUAUGUAUUUCUAUGAAAUUGCGUUCUGCAAUGUGCAUACAA